CUGGGGCCGGGGCCGCCCAGGAAGAGGCGGGGCGGGGAGGCCGCGGGAUUCCCCGCCUCGCUUUCCGGGUCCUCGCUGCUGCCGGUGGCCGGUCCGCGGCCCGGGGGUGCCACCAUGCUGUUGAGAGCCGGCCUCAGCCCCGUCCUCCACACCGCCCGCUACCCGCCCGGUAAAUGUGUGGUGACUGCGGGCUGUGUGGCGUUGGUGCGGUGCUGGAGCUCGGUGCCGCUGCAGGGCCGAACAGUGGGGAAGCCGUUUGCUCACCGCAGUGAGUUGCGGCAGGCCAAGCGUGUGGUGGUGAAGCUGGGCAGCGCCGUGGUAACCCGCGGUGAUGAGUGUGGCCUGGCCCUUGGCCGCCUCGCAUCCAUCGUGGAGCAGGUGGCGAUGCUGCAGAACCAGGGCCGGGAGAUGCUGAUCGUGACAAGCGGCGCGGUGGCCUUCGGCCGGCAGAGGCUGCGGCACGAGAUCCUCCUGUCCCAGAGUGUCCGGCAGGCCCUACACUCCGGGCACAGCCAGCUGAAGGAAAUGACGGUGCCAGUGCUGGAGGCGAGGGCCUGCGCAGCCGCGGGUCAGAGCGGCCUCAUGGCAUUGUACGAGGCCAUGUUCACCCAGUACAGCAUCUGUGCCGCACAGAUCCUGGUGACCAACCUGGACUUCCAGGACGAGCAGAAGCGUCGCAACCUGAGCAGUACGUUGCACGAGCUGCUGCGCAUGAACAUCGUGCCCAUCAUCAACACCAACGAUGCAGUCGUGCCCCCCCCAGAGCCCAGCGCAGACCUGCAGGGGGUGAUCAGCAUCAAGGACAAUGACAGCCUGGCUGCGAGGCUGGCAGUGGAGAUGCGGGCGGACAUGCUGAUCGUGCUGUCUGAUGUGGAGGGCCUGUACGACUGCCCCCCUGGUCUAGACGACGCCAAGCUGAUCGACACCUUCUACCCCGGGGACCAGCAGUCUGUCACCUUCGGCACCAAGUCCAGGGUGGGGCUCGGCGGCAUGGAGGCCAAGGUGAAGGCGGCUCUCUGGGCCCUACAGGGGGGCACCUCGGUGGUGAUCGCCAGCGGCACCCACCCAAAGGUGACGGGUCACGUGAUCACAGACAUCGUCGAUGGCAAGAAGGUUGGCACAUUCUUCUCCGAGGUGAAGCCUGCAGGCCCCACGGUGGAGCAACAGGCCGAGAUGGCGCGGGCCGACGGCAGAAUUCUCGCCUCACUGCAGCCGGAGCAGCGCGCGGACAUCAUCCACCGACUGGCCGAGCUGCUGACCGACAACCGCGAGGAGAUCCUGGCCGCCAACCGGAGAGACACAGAGAGAGCGGCUGCUACAGGCCGCCUGCCCCCCCCUCUGCUGAAUCGCCUGUCCUUGACCACGGCCAAGCUGAACAGCCUGGCCAUCGGGCUGCGGCAGAUCGCGUGCUCGGCGCGGGACAGCGUGGGCCGGGUGCUGCGGCGCACACGUGUGGCCAACGGGCUGGAGCUGGAGCAGGUCACCGUGCCCAUUGGCGUCUUACUCGUCAUCUUCGAGUCCCGGCCCGACUGCCUGCCCCAGGUGUCGGCUCUGGCGGUUGCCAGUGGCAACGGUCUGCUGCUGAAGGGGGGGCGUGAGGCGUCGCACAGCAACCGGAUGCUGCACCGCCUCACGCAGGAGGCCCUGUCCCUGCACGGGGUGGGGGAGGCCGUGCAGCUGGUGAGCACGCGUGAGGAUGUGGAGGACCUGUGCCGCCUGGACAAGCUGAUCGACCUGAUCAUCCCCCGCGGUUCCUCCCAGCUGGUACGGGACAUUCAGCGGGCAUCGCGGGGAAUACCCGUGCUGGGUCACAGCGAGGGCAUCUGCCACGUCUACCUCGACACACACGCCAACAUCGACAAGGCCAUCAAGAUCGUGCGCGACUCCAAGUGUGACUAUCCCGCUGCCUGCAAUGCCCUGGAGACGCUGCUGGUUCACCGUGACCACCUGAGGACUCCCUUCUUCGACCAGAUCAUUGACAUGCUGAGGAUGGAGCAGGUGAAGAUCCACGCGGGGCCGCGGUUCGCCUCGUACCUGACCUUCAGCCCGUCUGAGGUGCGGUCACUACGCACCGAGUACGGGGACCUGGAGUGCUGCAUCGAGGUGGUGGACGGAGUGCAGGAGGCCAUCGCACACAUCCACAAGUACGGCAGCUCACACACCGACGUCAUCGUCACCGAAAGUGAGGAGACGGCGGAGUACUUCCUGCAGCACGUGGACAGCGCCUGUGUGUUCUGGAACGCCAGCAGCAGGUUCUCCGAUGGAUACCGCUUCGGGCUGGGGGCGGAGGUGGGCAUCAGCACGGCACGGAUCCACGCGCGGGGCCCGGUUGGGCUUGAGGGGCUGCUCACCACCAAGUGGCUGCUGCGGGGGGAGGGCCAGGGGGUGUGUGACUUCGCCGAGCAGGGCAACAUGAGCUACGUACACGAGAACCUGCCCGUGCCCCACAAACUGUAGUGUUCUGCACUUCCCACUGCACCCCCACUUAGCAUAGUGCCCAACACCCACUGGGCCCCUCACUGCCCCCACUACUGGGUGUAGGGAUCCCCCUCAACACUGGGUAUAGGCCCAAUCCCAAAGGGUGCAGGAACCCCCCCCAGAUCCCCCCACAUCGGGUGGAGGACGACCCCCCACAUAGACACCCCCACCAGCCGUAGACUCCCGCUCCCCACAGGGUGUAGACGGCUCACCCCCCCCCCCCCCCCCCGAUGUGUCACAACCCCCUCCACCCCAAGCACAGGACCCCCACACCCCCUGUAUCUCCCCGUAUCCCCCCACUCCCCAUAUCCCCCCACUCCCCGUAUCCCCCCCACUCCCCGUAUCCCCCCCACUCACCUUCAGCUUCCCCCUGUGUGGUGUCAGUAGGUGGAUGAAAAGACAGACAACGUUGGGGGAGGGAGCAGCCCAGUCCGCCCUAGGACCUCAGCAUCCAUAACAGGCGUAGAAUGCUGCAUCUGCUCCACUGGUCAGACCCGCUGAGUUACUCCAGCAUUUUGUGUAAACAAGCAACUACAGCUCCUUGUUUCUGCAGCAGGAAUACACAACUAUUUGUUGGUUGUGUCUGGCAGUGGGACCAGAGCUCGGCACAUCUAGGGUCCCGGACACAAAAAGGUGGAGUAACUCAGUGGGACAGGCACCAUCUCUGGAGAGAAGGAAUGGGUGACGUUUCAGGGCGAGACCCUUCCCGGUAGGGUCUAGACCUGAAACGUCACCCAUUCCUUCUCUCUAGAGAUGGUGCUUGUCCCGCUGAGUUACUUCAGCUUUUUGUGUCUAUCUUUGGUUUAAACCAGCAUCUGCAGUUCCUUCCUACACAUCCAGGGUCCUGUCAGGAGCAGGCUUUGGACGUCCCACAGGGGGAUGAAUAUCCUCCAUGGAAUCCUGCGGUCACUGGGCCUUGGAGAGAGCUGACAGGAUGGAUCUCUAAGCAAUGUCCAGCUUCCCCCCCCCCCCCUCCUCACAUCCAUGUGGAGGCCCAGCAGGCAGGGUCCCGAGUAUCUGAGACCGGAUUCCAGUGGGAAGUGUGCCAUUGGACAUUUUGAUGCACGAGGGGAAUGUGGAUGCAACAGCGCAGUGAGACGGGCAGCUCUGAUCCAUCCACGUAGCAAGUCUCCCGCCAACUGCCGACCCCCUGUACCUCCCCUUAUUCCCCUUCCCCCCCCACCCUUCAUCCUCUCCCCGCCCUUCAUCCUCUCCUCGCCCCCUCAUCCUCUUCCCCGCCCCUUUAACCUCUUCCCCCGCCCCCUCAUCCUCUCUGGUCACAGGUUUUGUACCAGCACCUCUACAGUGAGCCCCUGGGGAGAUUUGCUGUGAUUUUUACUCUGGCUUGGUAGCAAGGACGGCAGAUAGUUUUAAACUAUUUUGUAUUUAUCACAAAAUAAACUUUGCUGAAGUGAA